UAUGGCGCGUGUGAUGUUUGCGUUAUAAAUUCCGCAAUUUCAUAAUACAAUAAUAGUAAACAAUGUAUUAUUUACGAAUGUUUUGUGUUUAGUGUAAAAACUGUGGGGCACUUUUCAUCAUAACAGAAUGACUAGUACGGAACAGAUAGGUUUAAACAAGACAUGGGAAUUGUCUUUGUAUGAACUGCAUCGAACCCCCCAAGAUGCGAUUGUUGACAAUACCGAAAUUGCGGUCUCUCCCAGAAGCUUACACAGUGAAUUAAUGUGCCCGAUAUGUUUAGAUAUGCUGAAGAAGACUAUGACCACCAAGGAAUGCCUGCAUCGUUUCUGCUCGGACUGUAUAAUCACCGCUUUGCGGUCGGGCAACAAGGAGUGCCCGACGUGUCGUAAGAAAUUAGUCUCGAAACGGUCAUUAAGACCCGAUCCGAACUUUGAUUUGCUUAUAUCUAAGAUAUAUCCUAGUCGCGACGAAUACGAGGCGCAUCAAGAACGCGUGCUGGCCAAGCUGAAUAAAAGUCACUCGCAAGCCGCCCUUGUCAACUCGAUCACGGAGGGAAUUAAGCUUCAAAGUCAAAACAGGCCAAAUAGAUCUAGGAAAAAUAAUGAUGAGCAAAGGGAGCCCACCGGUGAACCGAGACCGGCCCCUGAAAAUGUUGAAAACCCUCCAACUGUCGCGCCACCUGUUAUAAUACCACCUACUGUACCAAACGCGAAUCCAAUCGUUAAUACCGCGACACCGCCCCCGGUUGCACCACUCAUAGUCCCUCCAGUGACCAUCGCGCCAAGUAUUUCCACCCCUAGGCUACCGAGCCCUACACCUCAGUCCGGCCGAAGCACCCCGUCGCAACCACCGAGCCCGGUAUCGUCGAACGUCAGUUCCAUCAGUAAAUCUCUAGGCAAACGUCCCAAAAGCAACAUGACAUCCGAACGAAGCGAGGAGAGCGAAUCGAGCGAACGGACAGAACAGACGGACACCGAAGGGGAAGGACCCUCAGAACCGACGACUCUCAACGAAAUCGAGUUAGUUUUCAAACCUCACCCGACCGAAAUGGCCGGCGACAACCACCUCGUAAAGGCCUUAAAGGAGAACUCCAUCAGAUACAUCAAGACGACCGCAAACGCGACCGUCGACCACCUACAUAAAUAUCUCGCGAUGCGUUUAACCAUCGAUCUGGAUUCCCAGCUGUCUCAGACGCACAACCUCCUCAAUUUUUGUAUUUACAUUUCGCCUACGACAGGCCAGUACGUCCAGCUGAACGGUAAUCAAACUCUCGGACAGGUUAACGACAGAUAUUGGAAAGUGAAUAAACCUUUAGAAAUGUAUUACUCGUGGAAGAAAACAUAGGGAAUAGGGAAGGGGGUUAAGUAGGCCCCCUUGUGCAUUUUUUAUUUGGAAGGUAUGUCAAAUUGUAAUUUCUAUACUCAGCUUUGGAUUUGAUUAAUUUUAUUUUUAGAACUGUAUAUCUAUAUCUUAAGUGAUGUAUUUACAUAAUGGUGUAUGUAAUAAUUAAUAACAUAAUUGACUUUUUCUUUUGUGUAUUACUGUUAUCUACAUAGUGUGGCAAAAUUAAACGACCAUACCUUCAGG